AUGUUGCCAACAGCCUUUAAAAUAAUGAUUGGAUCAAAUGAUUUGACACGUAGUAUAGAAACAUUUCCCCUAUUUUUAAUAACAUAUAAUGAUUGGGCUUCGAACCAACGCAUACAAAGGGAAUUUCAAAUUAAUGAUAUUGCUUUUGUAAAGAUAAUUGGAAAUAUACCGAAUAACGUUCCUACUGCAAUGCUUGGAAAUGCUCCGAAUAGUGUAUUUUAUGGGAUGAAUGUUCAGGUGGCGGGUUGGGGCAAAUUAUUAAAUAAUACGAUACCCCGAAAAUUGCAUACAGUUACUCUUACAGUGAUGACAAAAGAUGAAUGUGAGAAUAGGAUUCGAGACUUCUCAGGAAUAACUCUUAAUGUUCACGAAAGACAAUUCUGUACGUUUGCAGAGCCGUACGCAUUAUUGAAUCAAGGUGAUAGUGGUGGACCAGUUUUAUUAUUUGAUAAUAUAAUUGGUGUUAAUUAUGGAUUAAUCCCAGAUAUCGAUAACAAUACUCAUCCAGAACAAGUAAAUAUUCAUUUGACUACUCGUUAUUAUUUACCGUUUAUUAGAGGUGUUAUGGUUCCUGUAAAUUUUUAA